AUGGUUAUCCUGGGGACGCAGUAUGCAGGCGAAAUGAAGAAGGGUAUAUUAACUCUUAUGAUGUAUCUCAUGCCUAAGCAAGGUCAGCUCCCUCUGCAUUCUUCAUGUAACAUCGGAGACAAAGGAGAUGUUACGCUCUUCUUCGGCCUCAGCGGCACCGGCAAGACAACGCUCUCUGCAGAUCCUCGAAGAGAAUUAAUAGGAGAUGAUGAGCAUGUAUGGACAUCAAAAGGAGUAUUUAAUAUAGAAGGAGGGUGUUACGCGAAGUGUAAGGAUUUAAGCAGAGAACAAGAGCCUGAGAUAUAUAAUGCUAUUAGAUUUGGAGCCGUCUUAGAGAAUGUCGUCCUUGAAGAAGAAGAAAGAAACGUAGACUUCUCUGAUUCUACUAUCACUGAAAACACUCGCUGUGCUUAUCCUCUUCAUUUUAUACCCAAUGCUAAAAUACCCGCUGCUGUUAACCGACAUCCAAGCAAUAUCAUACUGCUGACAUGCGACGCUUUCGGAGUGUUACCUCCAGUAUCGAAGCUGUCAGCAUCUCAAGUAAUGUAUCAUUUUAUAUCGGGUUAUACGAGCAAGAUGGCCGGCACAGAGAUAGGUAUAUUAAAGCCUGCUGCUACUUUCUCUGCUUGCUACGGAUCUCCUUUCCUUGCUAUGCAUCCAAUGGUUUAUGCAGAAAUGCUGGCAGCAAAGCUGCAGCAGCACAACGCUGACGCGUGGCUGUUGAACACUGGAUGGGUUUGCGGGGGCUACGGGGCUAAGGAAGGAAGACGAAUAUCUUUGCAGUAUACUCGCGCGAUGGUUGAUGCAAUUCACGAUGGUUCUCUUGCGAAGCAGCAAUUCGAGGAAAUGCCUAUAUUUAAGCUGCGCGUUCCCACAGCAGUGCCGGGCGUACCAUCAGAGUUGCUGAUGCCUCAGAGGGCUUGGAGAGAUAAAAAAGAUUUAAAUAGACAAUUAAAAAAGCUUGCUGCACUUUUUGUUGAAAACUUUGUGCAGUAUCAUGAUAAAGCUACACCAGAAAUCAUUCAGGCAGGGCCGCAACAACCAGAAGAAGGAGAAGAUGAAGAAGAAACAUCACAUCUCACUGCUGCUGAAUCUUCUUGA